GUAACGCGAUCUACUCCAGAAUAGCGCGCGGCGGAGGAGCAGUCACCACACUGAACCGUUUAGCCUCUCUCUCUGUAUCAUCUCGCCAAUGUUUGUUUGUUUAUGUGAGAUUUGUUCGGUCCGGAGCCAGCCUGGCGGGGGGGAUUUGCGGCAGGAUGUCGGCGCUGAAAGAGAACCACUGUUACGGACUGUCCAGCGGUAAACUGAACCGUGGCGGUAACAUCUCCGUUUUUCAUGUUAAACUCACUGACAGCGCGGCAAGAGCCAUUUGCUCCUUUCAAAACGUCAAGAGUUUGUCUUCCCGUCCUGCCAUCUGUUUUAAUGGAAACAAAGGGAAAAUCACCAUCCCUUGCUCAGAGAAUCAAGAUGAAUUGAGAGUAUUCACCUUUGGCGUGACUAACAUCGCCCGUGAUAAUCCAAAUGGAAGCUUUGACUGCGUCCAACAGCUCGGCACUGGUGCUGCCGAAGAGCUGUCAUGUCUCGGGGUGAUUCAGAAAAAGAUGACCGUCAACGCAACGGAUGACUCGUACGAUAAGGCUCGACAGAGCAUGGCCCAAGCUGAGGAGGAGACACGCAGCCGGGGGGCCAUUGUCAUCAAACAGGGGGGGCGCUUCCAGGUUGCAGGCAAGAAGGUAACGGUGCGAGCCCCGGCCUCUGCACUGGCCAGCCUGACCAAGCCCCGACAAUCUUCCCAGUCUCUCCUCAGCAACGUUAAGAGGCGUGUCCAAGUUGGCGUGUCCAAGCCCAAGAAGGGUGCCUGUGCUUUAAACAGGAAGAGCGCCGUGGGCGACAUGCAGGAGAGGCCGCUCAGGGAGAGAGUAACACAUCUGCUGGCUCUGAGGCCAUACAAGAGGCCUGAGCUCAUCCUGAGGCUGCAGAAAGAUGGACUGGCAGCAGGAGACAAAGACAUGCUGGACUCUGUACUGGUGGAGGUUGGCCAGCUCAAUAGUAGAGACAACACAUUUGUUCUAAAGGAUGGUCUGUAUAAGGAGCUGCACAAGGACUGGCCAGGCUACACCUCAGGGGACCAGCAGCUUCUGAAACGAAUCCUCGUCAGGAGACUGUUUCAGCCCCAACAGAACCUGCUCACCAUUCCAGAGGCCCAGGUCAGUCCACUGCGAGACACCCCAAACUCCUCCCCAGCGCACCGUCCAAAACCUUCCCUGCCAGAGGAAUACACUGACCCUUUGGCGAGUAAGAAGCCCAGGAUAUCCCGCUUGUCCGGCAAAGCAGCAAGUGACAUGUCAAGAGUGAGGCCGUCUGAACAAGCGGCUGAUAAAGACGUUACAGAAGCGACAGGGAAUGACGAGCAAAGAAACCACCUUGAUCCUCGGAAGCUUUUUGACAACUUGUCUGCAGUCUGUCAGCAGGAAGCAGAAGUGGCCAAGAGGCUAGGACAAACUCCCUGUGCUCAGGAGGAACAUAAAGUCACCGCAGACCCCCCGCAACCCAACUCUGAUCGCUCCCCGCCCCCUGUGAUAGUGCCUGAUGCGAACAGACACACAGUCAAAAGGAAGAAGAGCAAACACAAACACAGAGAUCAGGAGAAGGAUAGGUGGAGAGACAAGAAAGAACGGAGAAAAGAACGCAGUUCAGAGGAUCCAAACAGUGAAGUUUCGGCGGACUGCAUAGAGCCAAGUGAAAUUUUGUUUGACUCUAAUGUGCUUCAAGCGGACCAUGACACAGCAGACUAUCUACUGAAGUACACAGUGAUUUGCAGUCAGGACCAGAGACAGAGGUACAAGCAGGACUUUAACACAGAGUACAGCGAGUACAGAGAUUUACAUGCUCGUAUUGACGGAGUGACGCGGCAGUUCAUGGAGCUUGACACGCAGCUCAAACGGCUACACCACGAAUCUCAUAAAUACAAGACGGUUCGUAAUCAGAUUCUUCAAGAAUAUCGCAAAAUUAAAAAGUCUAACCCUAACUACAACCAGGACAAGACUCACUGUGAAUAUCUACACAACAAACUGGCCCACAUCAAGAAGCUUAUAUCAGCGUACGACCAACAACAGCUCUGACUGUGAGACAAGUGAACUUGAUGACAAUAAUCACCCUGAGGCAGGGGAGGUUCACGCUGCUGGAUGCCAUCAAGCUGGAAAUCUAUGGUCUUCAUGGCUAAACGACGUCUCACAAGACCUGCUGGAAAUGUGACAGAGGUUGGGAGUCUUUUGUGAAUAGCAGUCGUGGUACGCUGUGAAAAGCAAGGCCUAUAUUAUGAGAUAAUUUUUUACAAGAUGGGAAAUCUUCUUUGAACACCUGUCUCUAUUUCACAAGACAGGUGUGUAGGAGAGGGAUGGGUAGGUCAAAAGUUGCAAACAACCACUCACAUACUGACCUUCAUCAGGCUGACAAUAGAUGCCCAACACUGAAAUGUCACAAAUACAUUUGUUUUUGCAGGAUAGACUAGUAUGCUGGAGUUUGUUUGCCACUUUUGACCUACUCAUCAUCCCUCUCCUAUGUCUCAUGAAAUAGAUGUGCAAAGUAUUCCUCUGUUCUAAAUCUUCUUUGAAAAAAAAAAAAAAAAUGGUUCAACCAUUAGGCUGCUAUGACAGUGACAUGAUGCUGCCAAGGACACAUGGAGUAACUAUAGUUUUUACUGAGGCUCUUGAAGCUAAACGUAAGCUCUCACUCUUUAAAAAUGCACACAGAUACAUGUGGAGAGGAGGUGCCAAGACUAACAACAUUUGUAGAUUCCCAUCACACAUUUUAGAUUUUGUUUGUGAAUCAAAUAAAUUUGGGUAUUUGCUUUUGUGUUCUGUUAGACAUGUCAGCAUUAACGAUUAGUCGAAACCAUGAGAUAACUGCACGCUGUACAUACCCAGACAGCUCCUAUGAAUGGCAGCUGGGAUGCAGAGGUGCACAUCCUGAGAAGAACUGUUCUGUGGGUUUGGUGAAUUGAGACUGUAUCAGUGUUGUUGUGUCAGUACUUCUCAGUUCAGACCUGAUCUGCUCAGUAAUGACUUCUUAAAGUAUUGCCAGUGCCUGAAAUGUUUUGUAAUACUGGACUGGUUUCAUAGUAUUCCACUGGUGUUGUACCUCAUGUGGCUUUCUUGGAUCACAAAAGACUGUUAUGUUAAACACAAUGUGAACUUGAAGUUGUAUUCAGGGAUAUUUACAGUAUGAGCUUCAGUAAAAGUGUAACUGAUAACUGGUUUUAGUUAUCCGAGUACUGGAAGUUAAGGAGUCAUUGUUACUGUAGGCCGAGACGAUGAAGAAUUAAGAAAUAAAAAUAUUUUGUUGCAUGCUUUGUACUACAGAAUGCAUGAGAAUUAAAUCGGAAGUUUUGUCAGUUUCAAAUAAAUUCAUUUUGUAUGAA